GAGCGGCGCAGAUCGACUCGGCUUUUCCGCCGUAUGACGACCGACACGGCGUCUGUCUGCGGUGCCGUGUGCAGCGGGCAGGCAUGGACGAAAUAAACACGCAGCAGCUGAUAGCGCUCGUGCAGCAGAGACCUGUCAUAUGGGACAAGACUCUCUACGCCUACAAGGACCGCAAGCUGAAGGAUACAGCGUGGAGGGAAGUAUGUGCGGCUCUGAGGCAGGAUUUUGAGCAACUUGGACAGAAGCAGCGGCAGGAAUUCGGCAAAUUGGCUUUGAAGAAAUGGUCACAAACCAGAGACUCGUGGAUGAAAUCUGUUAAGAAACGUCAUGAACAAAAAUCAUCGGCGUUUCCCGCCAGGCCGUCGAGGCUUUAUUUGUACCACGAGCAGAUGUUGUUUUUGAACAAGGUUAUUGAGACAUCUGUCUCUCAAGACAGCUAUUUUCCGCAAGAAUCUACACCAACAAAUGUGACGAAUGAAGCAAGCAAAACUGCACAAUACGAAAAAAUUUAUGAAUAUAUUCCAAAACCUGAAAUCAUAAAUAAUUAUACUACACAAAGGAAAAGAAAGAGUGAUAUUAAGAUUGAGUCUGAUGUGGAAAUGACGUCUUCGGACAAUCAGCCAUGUAGAGAACACUGUGGCUGCCGGCAUAUGGCGUUCUUCAACAGUCUUCUGCCAUCCUUGUCCUUACUUGACGACAAUGAAACUUUGAAAUUUCAGUCUGAAGUUUUAAGCGUGUUACAAAACAUCAAGAGAAAAAGAAGUGAAUCUAGUUAAAAAUUUACCGUUGCAGUUUAUGCAACUUAGGAACUGCAAAGAGUGGCAAAAUCCAGCUUAUUUCACUUAUACACAUUACCUAGCGGCAUGAAUUUAUCAGAGCUGAUAAGCCCAGAAGCUGAAUCGACGCGGCCAUCUACAACACCAUCAAC